UUAUCGAAACGGUCGGCGUAAGUUGCACGCAGAGCUGCUCUGGCGAAUUGAUCACUAUUUUAAGGAAGAAAACAUUUACUUAUUACAACUUAAUUUAUGAUGGUAUAAAAAUAAAAAGCAUACUAAUCGAUUAAACGAUACGAUAUCGAUACUUUGUAAAGUUUAAAAGAUCAACAUGCAAAAAUUACAAUCAAAACACGAGACAAAGCACGCAAUUUUACUUAAUCACCGGGAAUUAAUAAAUAAAGCCUACGUCGCUGGAGUAUCUGACUAUGAAAUAUAUGCACUAAAAUCAGAGUUGUUUCAAUUUCAUCCAAAAUUAACCGAAAAGUCACAGCAAGACCAAAGAAAACGCAAACGCAAGUUGAAUGAAGCAGCACAUAAUGCAUCAGUGGACAACAUUGCCGAGUACAUGGAGAAUCUGCCCGAGGCCAAAAUGGACAAUGUUUCACCACUGCCACGCUAUUGGGAAGACGAGUACGAAAUGCCUCAGCUGUAUGGCAGUAAUCUAAGCAGUAAAUUUCAAAAGUAUCAAAAGGAGGAAAAGACUACCAGAACUUUCAUCAUACCGCAUUCAUCCCACUUUUACAAUCAUAAUGUGGAUCAGCUAACCACAUUAUUGCCACAGCUGUUGCCCAGCUAUGAUUUAAUUGUGAUUGACCCACCCUGGCGCAAUAAGUAUAUACGUCGUAUAAAACGCGCCAAACACGAGCUAGGCUAUGCCAUGAUGGACAAUAACCAAUUGGCACAGUUGCCGCUCAACCAACUCACGCAUGAACGUACAUUAGUAGCCAUUUGGUGCACGAACUCCAACAUACAUCAGACGAUGCUAGAAACAGAGCUUCUGCCUCGUUGGCAAUUACGUUUACUACAUAAACUGCGAUGGUACAAGCUGAAUACGGCGAAUAGACUCAUUGGCAAAUUAAAUCAAACGGAUGCCACACAAAAACAGCCGUAUGAGCAACUUUAUUUGGCUUGCCAUGCGCGGAGUGAUGUGACAUAUGCCACAAAUUUGACACAAACUGAACUGCUGCUCAGCGUGCCAAGCAUUGUGCACUCACACAAACCGCCUUUGCUGGAUUGGUUGCGUCCACAUUUGCAGCUUGAACAAGAUCAAGUUGAGCCCAAUUGCUUGGAGUUGUUCGCUCGCUAUUUGCAGCCUCAAUUCACGUCUAUUGGCUUGGAGGUACUGAAGCUAAUGGAUGAUCGGUUGUAUGACCAAAUAAUAAAGAAAAGUCAAUGAUACAAAAAUUUAACAUUGAUUUUU